AUGAACCUACAAACACAUAGUUUGUCUCCAGAGAACCUGGAGGAGACCAUCAGUGACCUCAGUGAGGCACUGUGUGAGGCCAUCUCAGAGAUCAGGUCUCUGACCAUUGAAAUCAGGACACUUAGACAUGAGGUGGACCAGGUGAAGCUGGAGCAAAAGAGAACAAGGUCCACUCCCCUCAAACCUUCUGCUACAGCAGUGUCCUCCUCUCCUGCUUCUUCUGUCCACAGUCUACAUAAAAAGAUGACGCCAGAGAAAAGACGAGGAGAGAAAGUAGAGAAAAAAGCCACACCUGCAAGUCAAGAAGAUGUCGAGAUGAACGGGUCUCAGCUGGAGCUGCGUGUCGGACAAAUAAUUUUGGCGGAGAAGCAUCCCGACGCUGACCGGCUCGUUGCGGUCAAGGUGGACGUCGGACAGGCCUUGCCCAGGACUGUGGUGAGCGGUCUGCUCAAGCAGGUUCCUCUGCAGCACAUGCAGAACCGCAUGGUGGUCCUGCUGUGCAACCUGAGGCCGGCCAAGAUCCGGGGAGUCCUGUCCCAGGCUAUGGUCAUGUGUGUCACCUCAGCGGACAAGGUGGAGAUCCUGGAUCCUCCGGGAGGAGCAGAGCCGGGCGACAGAGUCACGUUCCUGGGCUUCCUGCAUGAACCCGAGAAAGAGCUCCACGCCAAGAAGAAGGAGCAGGUUCUACGAGACCUCCACACAGAUGCUCAGUGUGUCGCCACCUACAGGGGAGCUGCGUUUUACGUCAACGGCAAAGGAUUGUGCCGAGCGCAGACCCUGAGCAACUGUAGAAUCAAAUAA